UCUUUACAGGAGGGUGCUAUUGCAUGAAUUAGUAUGGCUGAUGUAAAGUGUUUGGUGCAUGGUUAUUCGUUCCACAACUAGUCUUUUGUGGAGUUCAUGAAUAUCACAUAAUAUUAUUUCUAACUUGUUUCUUGCUAUUUUAAGUUUUUUUUGCCUUACUGUUAUAGGAGCAAAGAGAAAGUAUAUUCUUACAACCAUUAAAUUCUGAUUUUUAACUGGUUUUAUAACCAUGACUAUGGCAAGAAGCUGUACAGUUUUAAAAAAGGUUUUUCAAAACUCCCUAUGCACUUCAACAAUACGAUAUCUCAGUACAUGUUCACCAGUGCAACAAAAGUUAGAUUUAUGUGGAAUAUUUCCACCUAUUGCGACCCCUUUCAAAGAAAAUGAAGAUAUUGCUUGGGGAAAAUUUGAAGAAAACCUUCAGAAAUGGGACAAGAUACCCUUUAAAGGUUACCUUGUCCAGGGUUCAAAUGGAGAAUAUGUUUCGCUAUCCAAUAAAGAGCGAGUUGACAUAGUGAGGUUUGUAAAAGAGUCUGUCAAAACAUCGAAAUUGGUGUUGGCUGGACCUGCACUAGAAGGUACAAAAGAAACCUUGCGUUUGACCAAAGAAAUGGCAGAUGUGGGUGCGGAUGCAGUUGUUGUCACCACACCCUCUUUCUUUAAAAACAGAAUGAAUUAUGACGCCAUGAUGAAACAUUAUACAACUAUUGCUGAUUUAUCUCCUGUACCAGUCAUCUUGUAUAAUGUCCCAUCCAAUACAGGUGUUGAAUUUCCAUUGAAUGCAGUUUUUGAACUGGCCAAACACUCUAACAUUAUUGGCAUUAAAGACAGUUGUGGAAAUAUCACCAAUUUAGGCCACAUUAUUGAACGGACUUCACACGAAGAUUUUCAAGUUCUUGUUGGGGCUGCGUCAUUAAUUUUACCUGCAAUGCAAUUGGGCGCAGUAGGAAGUAUAUGUGCUUUGGCGAACAUUCUCGGAGAGAAAUGUUGUAAUCUUUAUUCUAUGGUUGGUGAAAACAAACUAAAAGCAGCCACGCAUUUGCAAUUGUCUCUGAUCGCAGCCAACCAAACAGUUACUCGUAAAUACAACGUACCAGCAAUGAAGUAUGCGAUGGACUUACUUGGUUAUUAUGGUGGUCCAUGUCGGUCACCUUUAACUCCACUUUCCGAUGCUGAGAAGGCGGACAUAGAAAAUGUGUUCAAAGAUUACAUCAAGUAGACAGUA